UGACUAUAUAGAUAUGUAGUACACUAGUACAAUAAAAGUAAUACACAGGAGCAAAUUGAUUGAGUAUUUAUUUAGCCGGCUUUAUUAUUCUUAAGCGUAGUGUAAAAUUUUGUUAAAACAGAAUAUUUUAUUUUACCUAUUUAUAAACAGAAAAUAAGUAAUAAAGUAUAAUGUUAAGUUUAAAAUUAUCUUCCUUCAUGAAAAAUUCAGGUAAGUUUAUUUUUUGUUUUUUUUUUUUCAUUUUAACUUGCUUUGCCCUCUUGUAGAGUUAAGGUCAAAUUUAUUAAUGCAGUUUUGAUUUGAUGUUUCUAUUGUUUAGGCAUGAAGUGUGCAUUGAAUAGCGUUAUGAAAAGGUCAAUAUCUUCAUUAUCAUCAUUAUCUGAGACACAUCAAAUGUUAUAUAAGACUUGUAGAGAUUUUGCAGAUGGAGAGCUGAAACCUAUUGCAGCUAAAGUGGAUAAAGAACAUUUAUUUCCUGAAAAACAGGUUUGUAUAUACAAUAUUUUUAAAAGUUGGAUUUUUUCAGAAUAUACCUAUAAUAUAAAACCACUGAUCAAUUUAAUAUAGUAUAUAUUAGGUAGGGUAGUGAAUACUUCAUUUUCUUAUUAGGUACUAUGUAUGUUAAAAUGCCAUAAAAAUGUUUUAAAAAAUAAUAAUUUUGUGUGUACAUUUAAUUUAUUAUAUUUUAUAAAUGGAUCAAUAAAUACUAAAUUUAAAUAAUAGAUAAUAGAUAACCAUUGUAAAAAGAGCAGAGGUAGGUAUAGUAUUAAUGGUUUUCAAGUACAUCAAGUAUUGAUAUAUAAUACCAAUCUAAUAAUAAUAUUGUAAUUAAGUACUUCAUUUUUAUUUUUCCAAAGUAUAAAGGUAUAUAUUAUAUAAAUUGUAUAUUAAAUUGUCAUUAUGAAUAUUUCACAUAUUUAUGUGUAGUUAAUUAGGUAGGUAUAUAAUUUAUGAAUUAAUACAUAAAUACUAUAUUUUCUUAAUAAUACUUAUAAUAAUAUAAAGCAUUAUAUAAUUUAUUAUACAUUACUAUAAAAGAUAUACCUGCUUGAAACUAUUAUUGUAUUAAUUAUUAUUAAUAAUAAAUCAAUUCAUUUUUAUCAUUUUUAUCUGACGUUGAUCAUAUUCAUUUUAAUCUUUGGUAUUUAUAAUUCUCUAUUGAUUACAAUAAUUAUGUUUAUUAUUUUAAAAAUUUUUAUAUUAUCAGCUGAAAAUUGGUUUUAUUAAUCGAAAUAUUUUUGUUUGUAAUUUAGAUAAAACAAAUGGGGGAAUUGGGUUUAAUGGCAAUUGACAUCCCUGAAUCAUUAGGUGGUACUGGUCUUGACUAUUUAGCAUAUGCAAUUGCAAUAGAAGAAGUCUCUAGGUAUAUUAAAUUUGUUUUUUUUUAAUUUUUAUUACAUAUUUUAUAAAUGUUAACAUUUUUAUUUGUUUUUAGAGGUUGUGCAUCUGCUGGGGUAAUAAUGAGUGUUAAUAAUUCAUUAUAUCUUGGUCCUAUUAAUAAAUUUGGCAAUGAUAAACAAAAAGAAGAGUUUAUACCACCAUACACAACUGGUGAAAAAGUUGGAUGUUUUGGUCUUAGUGAACCAGGUGAAUAAUACAAGCAUUUAUUGAUUUGUAGGUAUACAAUAUAUUUUAUGUUUAUAAACAUAAAUGUGACUCAAUAUUUUUUUAAUGCUGAUUUGAUAAACGUAUGUGUUGAUUUGUUAAUAAUUUGAUGGAUUUUAAGUUUCUGAUAAAGUUAUUUAAAAAUAUUUUUACCCUAUGAUAAAUGAACUUAUUGUUACUUAAUGGCUCAAUAAAACUCUUAAUCUUUCUAUUAUAAUUGGUUUAAACUAUGACCAAUUACUCCGAUUAUAAUUAGAGGUUAUUAGUUCAAUCUGAUAUGUCUUGGUUAUUUAAAUAUUACUUACUAUAUAAUUUACAUUAAAGAUAAAAUAGGUAUUAUUUUAAUGAAUUAAUGAUAGACCAUAGAAAAAUAAAUAUAAAUAUUAUAAUUUAAAUUUUAAAGUAAUUAUUUUCUGUAAUUAAUUAGAAAAAUACAUGCUUUUAAUUUUACUGUAAUUUAAAUUAAAUUAAUCUUUUUUUUUAUUUCUAAUAACUUAUACUUUUAUUUCUGUUAGGUAGGCAACACAAGUUUGGUACCAUAAGAUACAUUUUAAUUAUUUAAGUUUCACAUUUUAAAACCUUAGUCAUAAUUCUUAGGGCCAAUUUCACCAAAAACACACUAAUCGUGAUCAAAGUAAUCAGGGUUAAUCAUGGUUAUCAACAAUUGGAUUUCACUACACUAAUGACUGUUCCGUUAAUCACUAUUAUGGUGACCUCUAUUAACCUUACUAUUAAAAAAUUAGAUUGAUUCUAACAUUGAUUUUUAUAUUGUUUUUAUAAAGAUGUCAAAAAUUAAAUAUUAUUUGUUUUUAUGAUAUUUUGGUUUCAUUUAUUAUAUUAAAAUAUUAUAUGGCAAAAUAAAUAUAGAAUGAAAUUAAAUAUUUAAGGAGUUUUUCUAUUUCACUUGAACUAGUUUUCAAUGAUUUUGUCUUUUAAAGUAAAAAUUUAAUAAAUUAGCUUAUUUUAUGUUUAUCAAUAAGGUAGGUAGCAUUCUAACCAAGGUUAGAAGGCAUUCUAAACUACUUAGUUUUAUUGUAAUAUAUUUAUAAUAUUAUAGUUUAUUGUUCAUUAUAGUCUGCGUAAGUUUAUUUUAAUAUUGGAUAUUUUCAGGUAAUGGUAGUGAUGCUGGUGCAGCUUCUACAAUGGCAAUUAAAAAAGGUUCAAAUUGGAUUUUAAAUGGCACUAAGUCAUGGAUUACAAAUGCUCAUGAAGCCAAAGCAUCAGUUGUAUUUGCUACAACUGAUAAAGUAAAGAAGCAUAAAGGAAUCAGUGCUUUUUUAGUUAGGAGAGAAUACCCUGGUAAACAUAACUUAAACAAAUUAUGAAAUUUGAGAAUUUAUAUUAUAUAUUGAAGUUUUUUAGGAUUUUCUUUGGGAAAAAAGGAAGAUAAACUUGGUAUACGAGGCUCAUCUACCAGCAAUUUGAUAUUUGAAGACUGUUCAAUUCCAGAAGAAAAUCUUUUAGGGGAGCCUGGUAUGGGGUUCAAAAUUGCUAUGAUGACACUAGGUAAAUUACUUGUUUUAUUUAUUAUUGAAUUUAAAUUUUUAUUUUAAUAAAUUAAAUAAUAAUGACCUUAAUUUAGAUGCUGGUCGGAUUGGAAUUGCUUCACAAGCAUUAGGAAUAGCUCAAGCUUCUCUUGAAGUGGCCAUAGAGUAUGCAAAUAAGAGAAUUGCAUUCGGUGCCCCCAUAUCUAAAUUGCAAAGUAUUCAGGUAAUAAUAUUUAUUUUCUGGCAAAUAUAUAAGUAACGUAGAUAUCACUACAAUGUGCAUCAGUUUCAACAAGUUACUGCUUAGAAUAAGCUAAAAGUCUCAUGAUUGUGUGUUAAAAUAUAAGUUUAGAGUGAAUGGUUAGAACGAGAUAUCGGCUACGAGUAAAAUAAAACAUACUAAUGACCUUCCGGUUACAAAAAGCUAGUCGUUAUCAUUUGACUACUUUUUAGGUUGCCCUACUCGUUAAUUUUGUCCAUUAUUUAUUUAUUUUAUAUACAUAGUUAUUUCUCAAGUUCCUCAUGUCUAUAUUUGUCCAUUAUUUUUAGUUAUCUUUGUGUUGAUUAUCUAUGUUACAAUGGUCAAUUACAUUAUAUUUUUGUGUUACACAGGCUGUUCAUCUAAAUUUCAUGUUUUUAUAAAAUACUUAUUUUUUAAAAAAUUUAAGGUGUAAAUAUUUAUUUUUGAUAUAUAUUUUAUAUUAAAAAUUUGUAAAUAUAUUAAAUUUUAGUUUAAAUAUAUUUUGGUUUUGAUAUAAUUAAUUUUCUUCAACAAGUUUAUCGUAUUCAACCCCCCCCCCCCCCAAAAAAAAAAAGUACUAUAAAGAUCAUUUAUUUUAAAAUAUGUAUUCCAAAUAUUUUACUUGUAUAAUUUUUUGAAAAAUAAGUAUUUCAUUGAAAAUUUGUCUUGAAGUUUAUUACAAAUAUCAUCAGAUUUGUGAAAAUGUCUGUCAUAUUGCAUAGUCAGUUUUUGUUGUGUGAAAAAAAUUGGAAUAAUUGGUAAUAAAUAAAUAACAACAUCUUGUUCUAUCAGUAUUUAAUGAACUACAAUUAUGAGAAAAACUAUCUACCUUUAGAAACUUUUAACUGAUUUCUAUUGUAUUAUAGAUUUUAUUUUACAAAUUAUUUAUUUAAUCUUACCCAUUUUGUUUGAAAAUAAAAUUGCUUGUAGAAUAAAAUUGCUGAUAUGGCUCUACGUGUAGAAAGUGCAAGAUUAUUAACAUGGAGAGCUGCUGUUUUAAAAGAUGAACAUAAGCCAUUUACAAAGGUUUGCUAAUAAAUAUUUUUCUUUCUUUUAAUUGAGUUUAUUUAGUAUUCUAUUUAAUUUUUUUCUACAGGAAGCAGCAAUGGCUAAACUAGCAGCAUCUGAAGCAGCAACAUUUAAUUCACACCAGUGCAUUCAAGUAUUGGGUGGUAUGGGUUAUGUUUCUGAUAUGCCUGCUGAAAGGCACUAUCGUGAUGCUAGAAUAACAGAGAUUUAUGAAGGAACAUCUGAAAUACAAAAGCUUGUAAUAGCUGGAAAUAUAUUUAAAGAGUAUAGUUCCUAAUUAUUUAUAUUCUACAAGUGUUAGUUGUGGAAUAAUUUAAAGACUAUACAGUACUAAAUAUUAAAGUUGGUGGUUUGACUGAAUUUUUUAAAAUUUAAAUUAAUAAUUUGAAACCUUUAUCAUGUAUCAAAGAAUGAAAAUAUCAUUGUAUAAUAUCUGUAUUAAAAAUGUAUAGGUAAUUUAAUU